AAUGCCACCACUUAUAGAAUAUCAAAACUUCUUCUCCAAGUCAAGAGAGAAGAAACUUGCACUUUAUAGUAAACAAGAGCCAACAAUGCUAAAACAAGACAAAUUCAUAGCAGAGUAUCUUGAAGCGAACAAUGUCUGUCUUAUUGCAAUUAUUCAAACAGUUAUCGAAAGAUAUAAAUUGGCAGAGAGCAAAGAGUUUAAGCAUAAGUUUAUUUCAGAUCAGGAGAAAACCCUGCUAGGGAAUAUGGUUACUGCAAAUAAUACACAAUUAAAAUCUGACAGAAAUAGCUCGAUUCCAAUGGACAUU